AUGGCCAGAUUUACACAGAGUGAAAGCAGAAGGCAUCAGCAGCAGCAUCAUCCCCAGCCGCCUCAUCCCGCCCCCGUCAACCUGCUUCUACAGCAGCCGCUCUUACUUAUCCCUCAUCAGCAUCAGCUCGAUCACAGCCCUGUUCCGAAGCCCAUGAACGGACCCGAAACCGUCUCCAUGCACACGGACAGCGGCGCCAUGAAAGACCAGGACGCCAUCAAGCUCUUCAUUGGACAGAUACCGCGGAACCUCGAGGAAAAAGACCUGAAACCUCUCUUUGAGCAGUUUGGGAAAAUCCACGAAUUGUCUGUUCUGAAGGACCGAUACACAGGCAUGCAUAAAGGAUGUGCGUUUCUCACCUACUGUGCCAGGGAGUCUGCCAUCAAAGCCCAGAAUGCAUUGCAUGAGCAGAAAACCCUACCUGGGAUGACUCGUCCCAUCCAAGUGAAACCAGCUGACAGUGAGUGUCGUGGAGGCAGGGACAGGAAGCUGUUUGUGGGGAUGCUGAAUAAGCAGCAGACUGAGGAGGACGUGUAUCGCCUCUUUGAGCCCUACGGUGCCAUCGAGGAGUGCACCGUGCUAAGAGGUCCUGACGGAAACAGCAAAG